UCCGUCUUGGCCUGGGGCCCUCCACCACCCCCUUCUUCCUGAGGCCGAGGAGGCCGAGGCGUCUUCUUCCUUCCCUCCGACAGUGACUCAGCCACAGCAGCAUGCACCUCAGGAGCAGGGAGAAGCGGGCAGCGGAGGACCCCCAGCCUGGCCAGGAUGGAGGUGGGAACAGUUGUACUGCCCAGGGAACAUUCACAAUACUGUCAGGAGCAUCUUUCAGCCCUUAUUUGCAAGAGAAAUCAUCAACAGCCUUCAAAGCUCUUGCCUUUGAUGUUCAGCAAAUGGUAGAUGAUAUAUUUCAAGCAAGUACACUUCACAAUGAAUAUAAGAACUGUAAAGUUUCCCAGUUUAGAAAUGGCAGUGUCAUUGUACUCUUCAACCUUUUCUUUUCGCAAUGGGUAUCGAAUGGAAAAAUAAGGCAUGAACUGUCUUUUGGCAUUAAAGGAAAUAAAAGUGACUUUUUGCAAACAUUCAACAUUGAUGUGGACAGCAUAGAAAUAAUAGAUAUGGGAGCAUCUACCACAAGCAAUCCUUUCACAACACCUGGUUUGAGAACAUUUAGUAUGAGCAGUUCUUCACUAUCAACAGUGAAAUGUUUGUUUCCUGAUGGACUUUGUGCUGAUGGCAUGAGCUGCAUAAAAAAGGGAUUAUUUUGUGAUGGAAUACCAAACUGUCCAGAUGGUUCUGAUGAAGAUGAAAAAACAUGUGCUACAUCUUGUGAUGGAAAAUUUCUUCUGAGUGGUUCCUCUGGGUCUUUCCACUCUAUUCAUUAUCCUGAACCCUAUAUUUCAAACCUCUUUUGCCAAUGGAUUAUACAGGUAAACCCUGGACUGUCUAUUAAAUUAAACUUCAGUGCUUUUGAUACACAAAAUUAUGUGGACACGUUAAGUAUUUAUGAAGGUGUAGGUCUUGCAAAGAUUUUAAGAGCUGUCCUCUGGGGCUCUAAUCCUGGUACAAUUUAUAUAUUUUCUAAUAAAGCCACAGUAGAAUUUGCUACAGAUUAUUCUGAAAAUUACAAUGGCUUUAAUGCAAUCUACACUGCAUUUAAUACCAGUGAACUAACUAAUAGCCAAAAAAUUAACUGUGCUUUUGAAGAUGGCUUUUGUUACUGGAUUCAGGAUUUAGCUGAUGACGAUGAAUGGGUACGAAUUAAUGGUCCCACUUUUCCCAUUACAUCUGGUCCUGAUUUUGAUCACACAUUUGGCAAUAUUUCAGGCCAUUAUAUUUCCACACCUACAUUACUUGGAGGCAUACCAGUGAAAGUUCGAAUUUUCAGUUUACCAUUAAUUCCUAGCUCAGAUGCAUUCUGCCUAAAUUUCUGGUAUCACAUGUACGGGGUUCAUGUGUAUCAUCUGGAUGUUAAAAUAAUAUAUGGAAAUGGCAGUGAAAAGACAGUUUUCAAAAAAGAAGGAAAUUAUGGAAACAACUGGAACUAUGGACAAAUCACAUUAAAUGAAACAUACAAUUUCAAAGUUGCUUUUGACGGUUUUAAAAGGCCAGGAUGGGAUAACAUUGCCAUUGAUGAUAUAGGAUUAACAAAUGGAGGCUGCAAGGAAAGUCUUUAUCCAGAACCUACUUUGGUUCCUACAAUCCCUACAACCCCUCAGCUACCAACUGACUGCGGAGGACCAUUUGAUUUGUGGGAACCAAACACUACAUUUAGCUCAAUGAACUAUCCAAACAACUAUCCCAACCAAGCUUCUUGCAUAUGGUAUUUAAAUGCAGAUGAAGGAAAAAAUAUUCAACUUCAUUUCCAGUAUCUUGAUCUGGAAAAUAUUUAUGAUGUUGUAGAAAUAAGAGAUGGCAGAGGACCAGAUUCUUUAUUUUUGGCUGUAUAUACAGGAAAAUCUCCAGUGCCAGAUAUAUUCUCUACCACUCACCAGAUGACAGUACUCUUCAUUACUGACAAAUCUGGAACUAAGCGAGGAUUUAUGGCCAAUUUUACUACAGGAUACCAUCUGGGUAUGCCAGAUCCAUGUGAAGCCAAUUAUUAUCAGUGUGGUAAUGGAGAAUGCAUACCAAAGGCUCAUGUUUGUGACCAAGUUCAGCACUGUAAAGAUAAUUCUGAUGAAGCUAACUGUGUGCGCUUAGUCAAUGGGUCUCUCAGCUUAAAUGGGCUGCUCCAACUGAAAGCUGAGAAUAAAUGGUACACAGCAUGUGGAGAUAACUGGACUGAACAGCUGUCAAGCAGUAUCUGUCAUUGGCUUGGACUAAACAGUGUGAACAGAUCAUCUACUAUCUUGUUCAAUGGAUAUGGCCCUUUCGUGGAAGUUUCAAAAGCAAUCAACAACAGCUUAAUCCUAACACCACGGGAACGGUGUUUCAAUAAUUUGGUGAUUUAUCUGCAAUGCAACAACAAACAAUGCGGAGAAAGAUUAGUCACUCAGAAACACUCAACAAAAAUUGUUGGUGGCUCUGAUGCUCAAGGAGGUGCUUGGCCUUGGGUGAUCUCAUUAGAUUUCAGUGCCAGACCAUAUUGUGGAGGUUCUCUUGUCAGCAAUGAAUGGUUGGUCUCUGCUGCACACUGUGUUUAUGGGAGGAAUAUGAAACCUUCUCAGUGGAAAGCAGUUCUUGGCAUGCAUAACAACUUGAACCUGUCAAAUCCUCAAACCGUCAUCCGAGAGAUUGAUCAAAUUAUCAUAAGUCCCCAUUACAAUAAGCGAACAAAAGACAGUGACAUCGCUUUAAUGCAUCUCCAAUUCAGAGUGAAUUUCACAGAUUACAUCCAGCCCAUUUGCUUCCCAGAAAAAAACAGAUCAUUUUUGCCAGGAAAACAAUGUUUCAUUGCUGGCUGGGGAGAAACCACACAUCAUGCAGGCUCUGUUGCAAAUAUAUUACAAGAAGCAGAAGUCCCUCUUAUAGCACAUAAGAAAUGCCAACAAUUGAUGCCAGAGUACAAUAUCACUGAAAAUAUGCUGUGCGCUGGAUAUGAUGAAGGAGGAAUUGAUUCUUGUCAGGGAGAUUCUGGUGGGCCACUAAUGUGUCAAGAAAAUGAAAAGUGGUUGCUGGCUGGCGUGACAUCCUUUGGGUAUCAGUGCGCACUGCCACAUCGUCCUGGCGUCUAUGUGAAUGUUUCAAAAUUUGUUGACUGGAUAAAAAGAAUCAUUCAUUAGAAGCAUCUUCCUUCCCGAGAGAAACAAUAGAAAAUAUAGAAGUUUAAGGACAAGGAUGCAUGUGUCGUUUAAUAUACUUUAUCUCCUGAAGGGAUCAGGCAAACAUCACAUAUUUCAGAAUGAGUUAGAGUUGAUCUCGAAUGGGAAUUCAGUUGGAGCCCUAUUAGGUGUUAUAAGAGAAGGAACUUGGAAAAGUUACUUUUUGAACCACCACUCCCAGAAUCAUUCACUGGGGAAUUUUAGCAGAUCAGUCCAAAAAAAAAAAAAUCACAUUUCCAUUAUCUGGAAAAAUGUGGCUAAGUAGUACUAAACUUCUGACUAGGAUAAUUUUGCUAGCCUGAAAUGUAGAAGAAAAAGGUGUUCACAACUAGAGAUGUAUGUGGUAUUUGUUACAUUUGUUUCAUUUGUAUUUGUUUUGUACCAUCCAUUUGGAUGGCACAAAAGGAAAAGGCCGCCCCUGAAACAAAAAUGCAAUCAAAACAAAAGGAAGUUGGGAGCUGGUAUCAGUUCCAAGCCUGCCUUUAGGUUUGAUCAGCUGCAAGCCCUGUGGGUCUCAGGUGCGUUGGUCCAAAGCCUGCAACCAUAGGCCCGGGUGCUUUGGGCCAAAAGAAAACAGAUCUUUCAGCCCAGAAGACAAAACAAAACAAAUGUCUGACCUCCCAAUUUCAGGAGGUCAGACGAAAAUGUAACAGGGCGCCAGUGAAAGCCAGAACACGAAAUGGGACAAGGAAAGUCCCAAAUGCACAUGACUAUUCACAACACAUUCCUAUUUUUCAAAGAAAUGAAAAAUAAAGUUUCUGUGGCUUGCAAAACUGGAUCCCACUAUCACAAAAGAACAUUAAAUACAAGGGUAGGAAUGUAUGCCAUUCGAUCUAUUAUCAUAUUGCAGAUUCCAUCAUCCCUCACUAUUGCCUAUAAGGCCUAUCAGAAAUAACACAUAUUACCCACUCUGUUUAAAUUGAUGCUUAUUCCUCCAAAUCACAAAAUUACCAAGUUGGAAGGGAUCACAAGGGCCAUUUAGCUCUAUCCCUGCCAUGAAGGAGUACAUAACAAAAGCUGUCCUGAAAAGACAACUGUCCACUCUGUCAUUAUUCUCUUUCCUGCUCUCAAUUGGCUGCUUUUUUUUUUUUACUUCUUCAUGUACAUAAAAAGUCAUCAUAAAUUUAGGAAGCCAAGAGUGGCUUCUUAUUUCCAAGACAUGAAACAGAGCAAAAUAUACGCACAAGAACGAAGAUCCAAGGGCCAGAAUCCUUUGAUAUACUGUAUUAUAGAAGUGCAGAAAAAAGAAGUCUAUAGACACAGUUGCCAUGAAGGCAGGAGGACUUUGAGAAAAUAAACUGCUCAGAGACAGUAUAUUCCUCUGAUUUCUUGCUGUCAUUGUCCAGAGAAAAAAUGCAGUUGUUGUUGCUGUGCACAACCAGGAUUGUGACCACACUAUCCCUUUGUGUCAAUGCCUCUUGCUUUGAUGCUAGAUCAUGUUCAUUUAAGAUAGCAGAUCACAGAAUAAACCAUUUAUUACACUCAGAAUAAUAUUUAAAACCAAGGGGUUUUUAUGUAUCACUAACUAAACUUUGUUUUUAUUUCUCUCAAGUUUAUAUUCAUUGAACUACAUUAAAGUUGCUUUAAUUAAUUUGC